AUGAAGAACCAAAGAGUGACCUACUCAGGACUGAAUCUGGCCAAGGACCCAAAGAGGCAGCAAAGAAAAUCUAAGGGCGGGAAAAGCUCCAUUUCUGUAACUGAACAGGAAAUAACCCAAGUGGAAUUAAACUUUCAAAAUGCUAGUCAGGAUCUUCAAGGGAAGGAGAAGACCUGCUACUACAAAUGUAAGCAUUUACAAGUUUCACUGUUGCCUCCAGAGAAGCUCACUGCUGAGAUCCUGGCCGUCAUUUGCAUUGUCCUAGUGGGCUCUGUGUUAAAAAUGAUAUUAAUAGCUCUUAUUCCCUUUACAUUAACACAGAAGCUGAACAAUUCUUCCCAGACUAUAAGAACUCAGAAAGCGUAUUAUUGUGGUCAUUGUCCAGAGGAGUGGUUCACAUAUUCCACCAAUUGUUAUUACAUUAGUAAGGAAUGGAAAACUUGGGAUGAGAGUGUGACGGCCUGUGCUUCUAACAACUCCAAUCUGCUUUACAUAGAUAAUGAGGAAGAAAUGAAAUUUCUGAACUCCCUUUCAAAGCAAGCAUGGAUUGGAGUCCUUCGUAACAGCAGCCAUCACCCAUGGGUGUCAAUAAAUGGCUCAACUUUCAAACUUAAAAUAGAGGAAACCAUAUAUGGUAAACAUCACUGUGCUGCGCUAGGCUCACUCAGUCUUCAAUCAAGUGGAUGUGGAUCUAAUAAAACAUACAUUUGUAAGCACGAGCUUUAGAAGUAAAGCAGUUGAGUUUGCCAUCAG